AUGGACUCAACACACAAUCCGCUAGAAAACUACGGUCUCCACCACGCAGCGCUCAUCGGCGAUGCCGAUGGCGUCGAGCGCGCUUUGAGCCAAGGCGCGAACACGAACGCGCUCGACGGCGCUGGUCGGACAGCCAUCAUGUGCGCAGUUGCGGGGGAACACUGGCAGAACGUCGACGCGUGUGACGCGUCGUUUAUGACCCCCGACCGCCUAAAGAUACUCAACACCCUAGUAGCUCAUCCCGACAUUUCACUCCUCACUCUCAACGCCCCGCAGGCAUCAAUGAACGGCGUAAUUCCUCUGGGAAUGGCCGCCUGGCUCAAUCAGCCGCAGGCAGUACGCACGCUGCUUGAGGACAGCGCCGAGUCCGUCUCUGUCGAUGGAAUGGACUCCCAUGGGGCCACGGCAUUGAUGUAUGCCGCUCGCGACGGUAGUUUAGAAGUAGUCCAACUUCUGCUGUCACAUGGCGCGCGACCCGACUUCAGAGAUAGAAAUCAUCGAACGUCGCUACAAUUCUCUCUCGCACAUCCUCGACUUCUAUGGCUCUGCGAAACCGUACUCCGCCGGCAUCGUUGGCGCGAAAGCAAAUCCGCGGAGCGUACAAGACUAUCUUCAGAUUGCGAGCACCUCAUCGAACUUGCACGUUCUUCAAUGCCUUUCUCCGAAGACCUCGAAUCACCUCCUGCGACCAUCUUUACGAUAGAGGCCACCGCAAGGUUAACCAACACUCUCAUUUCCUCUAUCCACGCCUCAGAUUCGGCGUUCCUCCAUUCGCUGCUAUUUUCUCCCUCUAUUUCACCUUCGUCUCCACCCGCACUGUACCCGAUGUCCGUUCCUGUCCUUGUAAAUAUCCCAGAUUCCAACGGAUGGAGUCUUGUACAUCACUGCGUCGCAGCGCCCCAGCCAUCGAUCGAGAUUCUCGACGCGUUGUACUUGGCCGGCGCUGACGUCUCGCUUUUCACGACUCAUGAACAACAAACGCCUCUGCAUAUACUCGCUCGUUCUGCUCAAUCUCCUUCUGUCCAUGCUUCAUCACCAACAACAUCAUCAGCAUCUGGUUCUUCACAUUCUUUGCACGAUUUCGUUCUUCAUCUUAUCCACGAUCUCCGAGCUCCCCUCUCUGCAAGAGACAAGGACGACGAAACUUGUAUACACAUCGCCGCUGAACAUGGCAACUCUAUCGACCUUUUGAUGCUCCUCUUGGACUGCGACACCAUUGGUACUGUCCGCGAGAUGAAAAACUCUCGAGGACUAACACCUAUGGACGUUGCCAAACGGGAAUUCCUGCCUGCCUUCCGCCAUGACGAACAACGGUCUGCCUCUGCGCUUUCGAACUACACAAUCCGGCCGUCAGAUUCUUUUGCUUCGCUCACUUCGCUUUCUGAUCUGAACUCAAAAUACAUGAACACCUCGAACGAUACCUCUUCGAUAUACACUGCGGGCAAUGUCGACAUCGAUUCUGCUAUCCAACUUCUUCUGUCGAACCUUCGUGUGACAUCGCCUUCCGCGACCCACCACGUCUCGCAAAUCCAUCAACUGGAGGCAUGCGUCGAGGAGACGACAGAACAGUCCAACACUGUCGUGGCGCACUUCCGCACACGGAUAGAGGAGGCAUCGCGCGUGGUCGAGGAGCUCCAGAAGAGCGCCGAGAGGAUCAACUCCGUCCGGAAUGUCGUGACGAUCGCGACGAAGGGCAAGCUCAUGGUCCGCGGCAUCACACCACUGCAGUCGCACAAGCGGCCGCACCGCGAGUCGGAGGACUCCCAACUCACCGUCGUCACUGUCGUGGACGAAGGAUACGCAAGCGGCAGCCUGCCUUCUACGCCUCUGACACCCUUCUCCGUCCCCGAUUCCCCGAUGCCCUCUACACGCACGCACACCCCUGCUGAGUCACCCGUGAGCCGGGUGUAUUUUGACAACUUGAAAGACGUCGAGCGCGAGCUAGACCAACUUCAGGAGCGGUCCAUGUUGACGAACACGCCAAACGAGUCUCCUACAAAGCUCGCAGCACGGCUCAAGCAGGCGAUGAGGAAGAAGAAAAAGCUGGAGGACAAGAUUCGUGAACUCGAGCUCGAUCCUUCUAAGGCGGAGAAAAAGGAGAAGGACACGCUCUCCGGCGCAGUCAAGGCGUGGAUCAAGCGCAUUAUUGUUCCUCAUCCGACUAUCCCACCAAGAGUCGAGCCAGUCAAGGAGAUUGUGGUCCAUGAGCAGAAGCCGGAUGUCGUCCCAGAGGUCAUACGCGUCGAGUCUGCUAUGAGCAAUUGUGGAGAUGCCAUUGAUGCAUCCAUCGACAAUGCUCUACGGACUUCUCAAGUUGUUUUGGAGGCAGGAUAUCGUGAUUUGCUGAGCAUCCAUGAAUGCCUUGCUGCUGCUGAGCAGUUCAUUGAUCUGGCAAACCACUCUAUUUCAAGAACACAACGGGUGGUCAAGAGAGCUGUCAAAAAACGUGAAGCAAUGCUCGCUGACCUUCAAGCCAAGUUCGCCACCGCCUCGCUUGACGCUGAUGGGGAGCCACUCUCGCCAGGCCUCCUAGGGUACUCUACCGCCAUCACGUCCCGGCCAAGCCUCGCCUCAAUAUCGACCAUCUACUCCACCGCCUCCUCCGUUGUCUCCGUCGCCGCUACGCUGACUGAACAUGAUGACGAGGACACCCGCAUCAUCCGCCGUCUCCUCCUUCGUAAGAUCGAGGCGCAGACCUCUGGCGCCUGGGACGAGGUCGACAAGGUCAUGGGCUGGCUACAAAUUGUCAAGGAGGCCGUGCGUGGUGUCAAGAGGCGGGCAUACCUGUAA